GACAUUGACUGAGGGCUUGGGAGAUUAGUUCCUCCCUCGUCUUUGCUGGAUUUUUAAAUGGACUAUUUUUGAGUGUUAAGGGCAAGUAUUAGGUUAAGAUAAAAUAACGUACACGGGUAAGUAAAUAACACGCAAAAAGAAGGGCAGAGCCGAGUCCCAGCUACUUCUACAUCAGACCAAAUAUUUUUUUUUGUGAUAUAAGAUAAAUUAAAAUAAACUAAAUAAAAUGAAUUAAUUGAAACCCACAUAUAUCGUUUACUAUCAUGGAAAUAGAAAUAAAUUCAUUUUUAGAUUUUUGUUUUGUUUUGAAAAAGGUAUCAUUAAUUUAUCCAAUUGUGUGUGCUAAAAAUUCAGAUUCAUGUUUUGUCUGAACUUACAGUGCGUUUGGUGACUAAUGUAAUGAUUAACUUGUGUGGAUGGGCGAGUUACCUAGGAACAAAAAAAAACAUAACAGCACUCUCACUGGUCGAGUUUGAAACGAGCUGAGCUGAGACAAACACUGUAUUUUCGUGACUGAAUAUUUUUUAAAGGUCUGACUAGCUCUUUAACACGGGUCUAGUUUAUUGUCAUCGGACUGUGAGUUUUAUGCCAAAGUUGAAGAUAAUCGUUUUAAACCAACGACGCAUCGAGUGAUAUCGCGAGAAUUCCCGAGAACAUGGAAACAAGACAACAAAAAUAAAUUUGUGGACAACAAGCCAGAGUGCAUGAUGGCGGCGUCGCUGCUGCGCCGGGACAAGAAAGCAACUGCCGCCCACUUGAAGGCAGAUCUGAACCGGACUGAGAACAGCACGGGGGUCCGACAACUUCAGGAGCUGCUUGAUGUUGUGCUAAAUCCCGAAAAACCAGCGGCUGACACAGAGGCUUUGGACUGGUGUAAAUGUCUGAUUGCAGGAGGCGAAGGUUUCGAGGAGUUCUGCAAAACGGUCCGGUCCUAUGACAACGCUACCCUGUGCGGCUUGGUCUGGACGGCUAAUUUUGUGGCUUACCGAUGCCGGACCUGUGGUAUCUCCCCGUGUAUGUCACUGUGUGCUGAGUGCUUUAAUAACGGAGACCACACGGGCCAUGAUUUCAACAUGUUCAGGAGCCAGGCUGGUGGGGCCUGUGACUGUGGAGACAGUAAUGUCAUGCGAGAGAGUGGGUAAGUCCAAGCUAGCUGGCUAUGCUAACCAAAGGGAUAGCCAGGUAACGGGUUUGACAGGUCCUCUUGGUGAGAGGGUUAAUAAAUCUGCGUAAUGGAUCUCAGCUUCCAGAUGAUUCUGAUUUGGAUAUGCUUACUGUCAGCUGAAAGCCCUUUUGAAUGUUGUGAUGCUCCUGUCAUGUAUUAAUAGGAAACCCUUGACUAAGCACCUCUGCUCCGAGGGUGAGCAAGUCAUGCUAACCAUAACAAUCCUCGUACCAACAGCCAGCAGGUGUAACAGGAGGCUUUAAAACAUUUAUUUAUAACACUAUUGCAUAUGUUCCUAAUGGAGUGCCACAAGUGAAAAACAAUUAGUGCUGUGAUGUACAAAUCCAUCAAAUCUCAGUUCUGUUUGUCUCCCAUAGGGGAGAGUCGGGUAAGAUGAGCCAUUCUUCAUAUUUCAGAUCACUACAUCAAGACAAUCAUAGUUUUGUUUCUAGAGUAUCUGCAUAUAUUUCAAGAUGUUGUGCAUCCCUGCAUAUCAACAGAAGGAGUGUAAACAGAACUGUCCUUAUAAUAUAGCAUGCGAAAAAAGUCGUCUCCUAUGCGUAUGGGGUAAGUUGACCAUAGGAGCGGGGUAAGUUAAGUCCCCACUCUCCACCCCAGCCCUCCCUCACCUUCUCUCUCCCUAAAUAACAGUCACUUCUUCACAUUCAUGUGUAUUUUUAUCUUUAUCUAUUAUUUGCUAUUCAACUGGUACAAUAAUUCUUUUUAAUAUUAUUGCAUAUAACUGCUAAAAAGCUGUUUUAUAAAAAGACAUUUAACAUGAGAAUGCCUUUAAAUCAUUCAGAACAUUCACAGCUGUAUUUCUGAAAAGAAAAAGUAACACAUUUAAACAAUCUGAACUGAAACUCUGAUCCUCUCAUCAGACUUCUUUACUUUCUCAGUUGAGUCACUGGCUUAACUUACCCCAGAACUACUAUUAUGACUUUUUUAGUCCUCUAAGCUAAAAUGGUGGACUUUUAUGCUAGGUUUUUGACCUCAUGUUGUAACUCAUAGAUACCACAAUUGAUGUAUAAAACAAAUUUAAAAUGAUUUUUUUUGGUCUGAACACAAUUCUAAUAAAACUUAUGACAGACUAAAUUCACUUUCAAAAGUGAAAAAUGUUUUUUUGUAAAUAAAUGUCUAACCCCUUCACCCAUGUGCUUCUAACCAUUACAGACUCCAUGAACUGAUGCCCAUCUCCUUAAUAUUUGGUCCCAUAAUCAAUUUUUUUAACCAAUUCCAAGCAACAGGGGGUGGCUCAACUUACCCCACUCUCCCCUACUGAAAAUUAUAUCCCACUUUAAUCAUAAUGACCUGAGCAUACUUUUGUCAGAGGUGCACUCAAACCUUGAAUACAAAUUUAUUUUGAUACCACAUUUAGUCUGAGUCAAGCAGCUUUGUUUGCUGUUGAAAGUGUGGUUUUGUGUGUCAUUAUUUAGAGGGAUUUUACUGCUGACUGAUCCAUGUCUUACAAAUACAGACUAAACUAACAUGGGCAAGAGCUGAAGAAGUUGUUGUGUUGCCAAGAAUCACACAAUAGGUAUAUAUUUAUAUAUAUAAAAAAAAAAAAAAACUAUAGUUCAGAUUUUUAUCUUGAAAUGCUCAUCUAACCUCAGCCAUCUUUAGACCCUAAAAGGAUGAGAUCAGUGACACAAAAAUAAAUAUAGUUUUGCCCAAGAUCAGUUGUCAGCUGCAGCAAAACAAUUGAGGGGACUUUACCUCAGAUACCUUCAGCUUUUGGUGUGACUUGUCAGGAUGAUUUAAGCUGCUUAUGAACUUGGAGAAAAUGGAUGAAUAAGAGAAAAAGGUGAUGACUAAUUCGAUCUUAAUUGGAGGUCUGCAGUAUCAUAGUUUUAUUUUCACUGUGUGAUUUUUUUUUUUUUUUUUGUGAUAGGUUUUGCAGACGGCAUCGCUUGAGAACAGGGGAGAACAUCCCCUCAAUACCUCGAGACCUCCUCUUGAUGUCUGAGAUGGUUCUUCCUCGCUUUAUCCUGUGUAUCAUACAGUAUCUCAGAGACGGAUAUGUUGAGCCAGGUAGAAAACUUUCAGUCUUUUAUUAUCAGAGAUGAUCAGAAGUGCCAUAUAAUCUCACAUUGACUUCCCUUUAUGUGUUACGUAUACUUCUGCUUGCAUAUCACAUGCAAACCAGGUUUUCCUGUGCUAGCAGGAUACCAGUGUUAUGCAACUGUUUACAUCCAGAUUUACAUGUCGGAUGGUGUACAUCUCUUAUCUCACUUCACCAGACACCUCAACUGAGAGAGAUCUACAGAAAGUCCUGCAGCAGCUUGAGCCCCAGAUCUCCUUCCUUGAGGAGCUAACGAAAAUGGGCGGGGCAAUGAGGACUGUACUGACAAAGAUCUUAACCAAUCAGCAAACAUUCAAGGAGUUGAGCAUGGGUAAAUACCUUCACAUUCAGAGCUUGUGUGUUGUUGUUGCCCAUAUUUGUGUGUUUAGCAGAGAUUAAGUCAAAUAUUUUGAUUGAAACAUGACACCGCAGAAGUUCAUUCAUCUCUCUUUCUCUUUUGGUUUUAUCCUUCAAGUUUCUGUUCAUGUAAAAAUAUUGUUGUGUUUUCUCUUUUUUAAACAUUUUUGCAAUUGCAUUAAGAUUCUUUUUGUCUGCUCAUGAGGGGGAGGCAGGGUCUACUUCAUUUUCAAAUCUAUGGACAUUUUCAGAACUUGAAAUAAAAAGGAAAUGUAGAGAAAUUACUGGACAAAAGUCUUUUGGUUCUAAUUUUUCACCAAGUCAAGCAUUUUGAAGCAAACAUAUUAAAACCAGGUCUCCUACAUUUAAAAUUCAGGUUGUUUUUUUAAGUCUUAAGAUUCUACAUCAUGGUCAUUACAUUUUCUGUUUUGCUUCUCUGUUGCAGGCCAAGAAGAAAAUGUGUAUGCUAAAAAGAACUAUGACAAGUAUUUGUCAGCCUUGAAGAAUUCAGGUCUAGUGUCUAUGGAAGAGAAAGCCCAGGGUGCUGCUGCUGCUGAUGCUGCUGUAGGUGCAGAAGGAGGUGCAGGAGCAAUAGUCCUAUUAGGUAAGACUGUCAUUACACUGAAUAUAAAGUGUAUUUUUGAUCAUUGGUCAUCUGUUGAAAAUAGUUUGCUUUGAGGAGGCUGUGUAACGUCUAUGCACUAAGCCUACAGAGAAUUACCCAUAAUCCCACUGGGCUGUAUGUUUAAACAGUCUCAAAGAAAAUGUACAGUUCUCAUUGAAGUACAUAAAUUUAGCUUCAUACAUUUAAGGUCACUGAACUUGCUGUCGCCACUUUCUCUUACACGUUUCUCGAUGGUCAACUUGAUCAAUGAGCUGUUAAUUUCAUUUGUUGAUGAGUUGGUUGAGGUUUACACAACAGUGACUGCCCAACAGCAGAGACCUCAGCAACAGAGAAGUCUAAUUUUGCAUCCAUGACAGCUUAUGUAACCUAUGUUGAGCAUUGCUGUUUGAACAGUUUUUCAUUGUUGUGUAUUACGGGUAGUGGUUCUCAGCCUUUGGGUCUCGACUCCCAGAAGGGCCAUGAAAUAACUUUAAGAGGUUGCCAGAUGGCUGUAGAGAAAAUGACAUAUUAAAAAUCAAAGAGCAUCGCUGGCUGGGGAGCAGUUUUUUACACUGAAUCACCUCCAGAAGAAACGUCAUAUUAUGUCUACAAAGAGUCUCUCAGACUGCCAGUGUGUUGUCUGUGUGACGUUUGGAGCAUUAGGGCGCCGGUUUAUGCUAUAAUGUAAUCUUACGUACAUAAUGAUCAUUCCUCAGACUGAUCGGUGUAGCUACACAGGGUUUGCUUCAGGGAGUAGGCUUCAAGAAAUGAUCUCAUUAACACUGGAAACUGGUCCCCAAUUGGGAUUCAUGGUCAAACUGCACAGAGGGAGACAGAGACUGUAACCUGGUGUUCGGCCUUUAUAAAUAAUCCUGUGAUGUGUAUUAUCUGUCUGUCUUCUUCAUCUUUUUUUAAUACCAAAGGUAUGAGAAAGGGUUUAAAGGCCUACAGGCCGAUGGUUUUACCAGAAGAGGAUGUUAUUUUAAUUUAAAUCAGGUAGCCUACAUAAUUCAUGCAGAUAACAAAAAAACUGUAUGAGCAAAUUGAACGACACAGAGAGAGAGCGAGAGACACAGACUGAUGUUAUAAAAUAAUCAACACAGCUUAGCUGUUAUCUGUGUGAUGAGUGACUGUAUUUUUUAAUGAAAGUUUAUCAGAGAUGCAAGCAAAGUAAUGGGCAAGGGGCUGUCUCCACCAAAUAAAUGUUCAGGACAAAAUUCCAGAAUAAAACACUGCUUUAAACGCAGGCAGUCUCUUCAUAGAAAAAUACAAAGCGGGUUUGGCAGACUCUGACAGGGUCAUUUAUGGGGUCAAACUCAAAGGGUUCGUAAGGGAUCAUAGCUGGUCCAUUAAAAGAGUUUCCUCGAUAUGCCAUGAAGAUGUUUAUGGCCAAAGAAAUGUAAUGGACAGCUUUGUUAUUUACAGAUAUAGACACAUGCAUUGAAAAGUGUGGGUUUGCUCUUCCUCCCAGCGACUGGUCAGCAGGAAAACAUCACUCCACUCACUCAACACUGCAGACACAGUGAGAGCAGAAACAGUAGUUAUAACUAAGACCCCAAAACAAGAGUAGGGCGGGAAAUGAGGGCAUUUGUUUCACUGAGACACACUGCUAUGCUCACAGGGACACUUAACAUGACCACAAACAGGCAAACACACACACACACACACACACACACACUCACACACACACACACACACACACACACACACACACACACACACACACACACACACAGAAGAUGAGAGGAAAUUGAGUUGAUUCCUGAUUUAAGUCAGGUAAUAAGCUGUUUUUUUUUUGCUGUCUGUCUUUCCUUUUGUUGGUUAAACUGUUAACCAACUGAUCUGUGAAUUCAUCCAAACCGAGAGAAUGGUGAUCCAUUGCACCGGCAGUGAUGGGCUCUAUCUUGGAUUGUUUUAAUGUGCUAAUGUGUACUUUGUCUUGAGAUUAUACUAAUGUUUUUUGUGGCUAAAAUUAGUUGUUGGUUUCACAGGAAACUCCUCACCAGGGAGCCCGGAUGAGUCUAAUAAAGAGGUAUGUGCCAACAUAGAGAGGAAUCACAUAGAAUCACACACUAUCUCAACCAUAUUUGAUAUAAAAUUGAGUGUAUGGUUCAAAUGGAAUAAAUGUAUUUUUUUUAAUAGAAUAUAUUUUGAACCCUCUUUGUCCUAGCUAAAUAAAAUGCACACUUUUUAUUUCGGUGUGAUAGAAGACUGUCGGUGUCUGUUGCAUGCAAUCUGGCAUAUGUAAACAUUGUUGGCAGGGAUCCUCAAGCAGCAGCACUCUGCUUUUUUCUGCCAGUAAGCCACAUACUGUAAGGACAUUAACACCAUAUGGCAAUAUUUACCAUGAGGAAUGAUUGAAUGAAUAAGAAAACAGCCAAACCCGUAUUCAGCACGAAUAAAGUAAAGAUUACCGACACAAAUCCUCCAACAAUCUUAAAAUCCAUGAUUUUGUUUGGGUGUUUUACUUAGUUAAUUUGUUAAAGAUGCUUGGCUAAAUCAAAGAACGACCUGAUCCUUAAGUGAGUUCAUUCUAGUUUGAUGUGGCCUGAUCUUUCUCAUCUUGUGAACUAAAAUGUGUGUUUUGGGAUUUUCCCCCUCAGGAGGACCAAGAUGCAGGGCUGUCUGUCGGACAGAGGAAGAGGGUUAAGCUGAGUAGCAGUACCAAAGGUAGAUGUAAAGAAAAUGUAAUUAAAGAGUGUAUCAAACAUGUACAGAUUUUCUUAUAGUGUCCCUUUUCUGCCACCAGACCCGUGUAUUAUUGAAUCACUGAAGCAUAAGUGCUUUCUGGAGGAGUUGCUGUUCUGGACAAUUAAGUAUGAGUUUCCUCAGAAGAUGGUUACCUUCUUACUGAACAUGUUGCCAGAUCAAGAUUACAAGGUCAGACUUCCAUGUUUUUCUGUGUUUGAAGAGUUUAAUUUUGACUUUUCAGUGCAUGUGUGAAACAGUGAUGUAAUACUUCUCCUUACUCCUGGCUCACUGAACAAGGCUGGUCACAUGUCUUCGGUUUAGAGAGCACAGAUUGGAGCGAGUUAAUCACUAUUAACAGAGAGCUUAACUGCAUAUUGUGAUUUUCUCCUCCUGUCUUGCAGAUCACCUUUACAAAAACUUUUGUUCAGCAUUACGCAUUCAUCAUGAAAACGCUGAUGAAAAGCCACGAGUCGGACACCAUGUCCAACCGCAUUGUACAUAUAAGUGUGCAGCUGUUCAGCAAUGAGGAGCUGGCUAGACACGUGACGGAGGAGUGUCAGCUGCUGGAUAUCAUGGUCACUGUCCUCCUCUAUAUGAUGGAAAGUUGCCUUAUAAAAAGUGAACUUCAUGGUGAGUCUCUGAUGAUUUAGGAUUGUCACUGCUGAAACAGUCUGAGUCUUAAAUUUGUGGGUGCAGUUGUUUUCCCCUCUGAUUCAAAGUAAGCUUUUAGGUGUGGUACUUAUGUGUGCAUCAUGGUUCUCACUAUUUUCCACUCUUUUUUUAAUGUCUUCUUAAAAACUAAACACAAAGUGAGCCAAAGUGUCAUUUCCUCAUGUACAUGUCUUUCUUUGUCUUGCCAUUUUUUCCUUCAGAUGAAGAGAACAGUCGCCAUGUUGUGGUGAACUGCAGUGAAGCGCUACUGAAGAACAACACUUACUGGCCAUUAGUUAGCGAUUUUAUCAACAUCCUCUCACACCAAAGUGUAGCAAAAAAGUUCCUGGAAGACCACUCAUUGUUGAUGCUGUGGAUGAGCUUUGUGUCAUUUUUCCAAGGUGAGUCUUCAUGUCACUGCACAGAUGAUAUGCUUGUUAACAUAAUCUGAACACCCUGUUUGACUCUGCUCCUCGUUCAUACAUUCUUUUCCCUACCACUGCACAAUUUAACACCUGUACAUAGAAAUUCCACAUAGCCAAAAACAUCACAUGAUUUGAAACAGUUGCUCCUGCCAGAGCAGAUUUUCCCUCAGACUUUACAUCAGCAGUAUUCUCAGUCAGACAGGGCGGACCUCUGCUUUCCUUUCCUGAUCAUAAUGCCUCACAGAAAAAGUGAGUCAGGUAGUGUACGACUGAAUUAGAAUUCACUGCUCCCUUGCCAUGUGUACUCCACCACAGCCCUAAAAAUAAAUCUCACCCUCACAGUGAGUCGGAGUAUCCUCUUGCUGAUGUCAUGUGUGCAGUGUCACUGUUACAUUAUACACUGCACUGGUUUUGCAGUAAUGUUGGUGUAUGAUCACAGUUUAUCUAGCCUUUGUCAAUCCCUUUGAUUCAUAAGAAUAUAAAGCUCCAUGCUUAUAAACAUACUGUAUAUAACAAUAUUUUAAAAUGCACAUUUGUAAAAUCUUGCAUUUAGGGUCAAAGAGGUUGAAGUUGCAGCUCUAGAUGUGUAAACUCUAAUUUUUUAUGCUUUUUUCCUGCUGGGAUAGGUAUGAACCUGAAUAAACGGGAGUUGAAUGAGCAUGUGGAAUUUGAGUCUCAGACAUACUAUGCAGCAUUUGCAGCAGAGCUGGAGGCCUGUGCACAGCCAAUGUGGGGUCUCCUAACACAUUGCAAAGUCAAAGUAAGUCUAAUCUGGAUUCUUGAACUACGCACAUGCAGAUCUCUAGCAUGCAUGUGCCACAUACAUCUUAAAUAUGUUUACUUACAGUAAGACCAUUUUUGGAUUUAAAUUUCUAUAAUGCUGUGUUUUCUAUUCAUAGGAGACACAAGAAUACACUAAAACUGUUGUACGCUACUGCUUGGAGACUCUGCAGAUCUGGUUUGAUGCCAUUGGCUUCAUUGAUGAGGUGAAUUAACAGCCAGACAGGUUUCUUUGCUAGCAGAUUCUCUCCUUACGUCGUUUCUCAUGACUUAAAAUGUUUUUUUUCAGCCUGCUCCAAAUCAAGUGACAUUUCACCUGCCACUGCAUCGCUACUAUGCCAUGUUCCUCAGCAAGGUAAGUGAGACCUUCUUGUCUCUUUAAGACUUGACUCUUGAUCCUAGUCUUGUGUCUUCUAUGCCUCUCAACUUGUUUGGUCCUCAGGCUGUGAAGUGCCAAGGCCUGGACCUGGACAGCCUCCUUCCAGACCAAGAAAUGCUCAUGAAAAUCAUGGUGCACCCACUCCAAAUCCAGGUUUGACUCACAGAUACUUAUAUGUGGUUUUAUUUUGUGUUUAUAUUCCCAACAUGUCUGGAGCCACAACUUGACUCACACUUUGCUUUGCAUGGUUGUAGGCAUGCCUGUCGGAGAUUCAUAGCAACAUGUGGGUCAGGAAUGGUCUUCAGAUCAAGGGACAGGCCAUGACCUAUGUGCAGUCACACUUCUGCAACUCCAUGAUUGACCCAGACGUCUUUCUGCUCCAGGUUUGGAUCUCUGCAUCACAAACUGGUCUCAUGAGAAGUAUUGCUCAUUUAAAGCAUCUGUUUUAACCCCCCAAAAAAUAUUUCCAUAGGUUUGUGCUUCAAGACUAGAUCCUGACUACUUCAUCUCAAGUGUGUUUGAGAGGUGAGCUCUAAAUCCUACACAUGCAGUCAUAUGUUUAUUCUCUAUAUUUUUAUACUACAAACAGUCAUUUUACUGUUUAUGCUGGCUUGUCUUACCCAGAUUUAAAGUGGUUGACUUAUUGACCAUGGCGUCACAACAUCAGAACGCUGUGUUAGACUCUGAGCAGGAGAGGCCGAUGCUUGAAGGAGCGUUGACCUUCCUGGUCAUACUGACAAGUCUCCGCAUUCAUCUGGGUAAGUGGUUCAACAGAAGAGACACACAGCGUACAUACACACACACACACACACACACACACGGACAGACAGACAGACAGAGACUAAGAAAAAAAGAACAGUGUACAGAUUGAAAGAAAGAAAGUAAGAAGAAAAGAAAAAACAGCGUGCAGAUAGAAAGGAAGAAAGACAGAAAAAAUUGCAUACAGAUAGAGAGAAAGAAUGAAAGAAUUGCAUACAGAAAGAAAGAAAGAGCUUAUAAUACGUUAAAAAACGGCUUGAGUUCAAUUAGCUUGUAUAUGUGUUUGCUUUUUAUUCUUCUUUUCUUUCAACACAUUAUGUUCAGGAGGAAUACACACAGAAUCAUGAUUAGCAGCCACUUAGGUGAAUGAUGAUAAAUAAAAAUCAAUCAGUAUGUGAAAACUCUUCGGCAUGGCUUAUAUUUUCUUAAUUUUAAUUUUUCGCUUGAUGAGAGAGACAAUGUACUGUCCUUGUGAAACAGCAUACUGUAUGUCACUCGCUUUGACAGUAAACUGUCGCCAAUUCAGAGUAUUUCCUGAAAUUCUCGGUGCUUUUCUGGUUAAUAUGUUUACUGUUGAUCGUUUUACAAAUGACAAAAGUCAAAUAAAGGCUCCAUAUAAAUAGUUUUUUUGUAAGGGAUAAGGAGGACUGUCCUAAAUAUGUCUUUGAUGAAUUGGCUUGCUGAUUUUGUCACACUUUACCCAUAACAGGCUGACUUUUUUAGUAUAAACUACUCACACCUGCUUAAUAGUGAUGGCAGUCAGAAUCCUAUAGUGUCAUAAAGCACAUUUUGCUAUAGGCUUAAUUCACAAACAUCAUUUUAUCGUGCCAUAGAUGGCUGAAGUCUAUAGAAGUAUGGGUGAGGGAGGGUGCAGCAGUGAAUCAAGGGCUCAUUGCUGAGGGUAGAACCAACAACAAAUGCAACAAAGACCAUGGCCUCAGUACACUUAAACCUCGAGGCACCCCUGAACUAGGACACUUGAAAGAAACAGUCUGGCUGCUGAAAACAUGACCAGCAUGAUAAAGUUGGUCAGCAGCAUUUUUCAUGCUCACCACACCUACAAAGAGCUGCAGUCAUGCUGGAGAAAAACACCGCCUGAAUCCUGUCCAAAAAUCUCUGCUACAAAUAUGCUGACGUUGUUUUCUGUUUGUUAUGCAGUUCACUGUAUGACAUAUUAAACAUUCAAGCAAAGCAGUGUCAGAAUAAUUCAGUGGUGACUCUGGUUCUUCACCCCUCCACCGAGCAUAGGAAAACUGCAUCAUCCUUUAGUAGUAUUCAAUACAGGACUGUAAUAUCUAUCAUUAUGCAUUUACCAUCUAUUUCUUGCUCUCACUAACAGGAAUGACAGAUGAUGAGAUUCUUCGGGCUGAGAUGGUGUCCCAGUUGUGUAUGAACGACCGUACACACAGCGCCCUGUUAGAUCUGGUAUCCUUCAAUGCUAAAAAAGUGCAGUAAACACAAGUUAAUCUCAUUUAUCGAUGGAAAUUUUUCCCUUGACAGUGUUUUCCUAGAUUCCUGAGAAUCCCAACCCAAAGAGUGGCAUUGUGCCAGGGAGCUGUAGUUUUGAGAAGAUGCUGUCUGAUGUGGCGGACUUCAAGGCACCGGUCUUUGAGCCUGGAGGCUCUAUGCAGCAGGGAAUGUACACACCUAAAGGUACAGCAGGGUUUACAAAGACUUCUAUGAUUUGCAACAUGCUGAUGAUAGUCAUCCAGAAUUUGCACAAAACUAAAAAACACAAAGUCAUGUCUUUAAAGUAUGAAUUAAAGUCAUUAUAUAUCAGGGCCAGGGGAAUUACUUGCCAAUGCAUUCACACAGCAGGGUUUGUACUGUAUUUGUGCAGUGGUAUGUAUCUCCUGUAAAGGUCAGUAUAUCAUUCUGCUGCCAUCUAUUGGCCAAGUGUAGUAUUUAAUGUCAUAAGGACUCCUUGCGCUGAGUCUUUGAUAUCCUCAAUAUAUAGAAGAAAUAGUAACAGUGGAAAAAUCUGCAUUAUUUAAAGGAGAUAAUUUUCACAGUUUAACAUGUUAUAAGGAUGUAUUUUUUUACAGCGAUUGAAAAUAUAACACAAGCAAGUAUUUUCUCAAAAUCGAAAGUAUUUCUCCACCAUUACCUUAGAUAAUAAAAAAUACAAUCUUAACUCUUUUCUGAUGAAGUUGGAGGUGUAUCACUCAUAUUGAGUUUUUGUUAGAUGGAGUAUUGCACAUAAUAGAAAGAAACUAAUACAUCACUAUCACAACCCCUAUAACAGGAAAAAAUUAAAAUCAUGCGAUAGAUGCUGAUUUGUGGAUAAAAAUGAGUAAAAAUGAUGAGAAGGAAGCUUUAAUAUUCUGUAGGCGUUUGGUGCAUAUUUAUAGUAUUAGUCCUUAGCUGACCACUUGGGGGCAACCUUACACCACUUUCAUAAAAAAAGUAAACUCAAGAGAAGGUGAAUCAAUGUGACUUUGGACCAGAGAUUACAAAACAUUUCUCUCCCUUUGUUCUCACAGCCGAGGUGUGGGAAAAGGAGUUUGACCCCAUCAUGGUCAUCCUCAGAACAGUUUACCGCCGUGAUGUCCAGUCAGCCAUGGACAGAUAUUCAGCGUUGUAAGUCAAUACUGUUGUCUUUGAAAUGAUCUGUAAUUCCUCCUAAAACACGGCCUUUAGAUAAAUCGUGUAUUUUCUUUGCAUUUUUAGAGUAACAGAUGCGUCCUUCAAGUGUUUGUGCACUCGUGUCCUUGAACAAACUGACCUGCAUUAGGCGCACCUCACCUUUCUCACCUGAACAUCGGGGCACGUGAUGAGAUAGGUCAAGUCGAUUGGGUGCUGAAGUUGGUGCCAAUUAAAUAGUUGUCGAGAAAAAUCUAUAACUCAGUCUAAAUCCCAAUAGAAUCCAGGAAACCUGUCUUGUUUGAUUGUGGUACAGAUGUCCCCAUGGACUAGGAUGUCAGGUGGAGGUGAAGGAGAUAUCCUCAGGUUAAAUUUGAUCGAGGAGAGGUUGAGACCUAUAAGACUACAAAGAAAUUGUUGUGUCUGUGAGGGGCACUUUCAGCAGCUUACCUGUUCAAAACAGGGCCUAAUUCAGUACAGCUGUGAGUGACAGUAUGAAUGGAUCAGUGAUGUAGAUCACUGAUCUAUGCCUCUUUCCCAUGCAUCACAUGUUUUCCAAGGGGCAGCGAACGUGAUCUAAACCAGAUGAAAGUGAGGCAUAUUUGUCCUUGUAACAUAUUGAAGCUGCCUCCUCCACCUUCAGUGUGUGAUACAGCCUCAUGUUGCUCAUUCUCACUGUUUGAAUAUGAUGGAUUGCCUGUCAGGCUGUCCCUGGGUUUAUGUAACAAUGAUCCCAUCAUCACUAAUAGAGUGAGCGACUGUGCUGCCCAUUGGUUCUUCUGUUGCAUAGACUGCAAACCCUUUGUGCAGUGAAUUAACUCUGGACACUUUCUUGCUUACUCGCUCAUUUUAUUAUUUUUUUUCUUUCUUGUCAAUAAUUUUAGCUUAAAACAGUCUGGUAUCCACACUGGCAACCCAUGGCCACCCUACAAGGAAAGGACCCCACUGCAUCCGUGCUACAAAGGUCUAAUCAGGCUGUUGCACUGCAAGACACUGCACAUUGUGAUAUUCACUCUGCUUUACAAGGUGAGCCUUUUAACGGUUAUUCAUGUGGUAUAAAACAGUGCUGCUGGGCAUCUCAGUUUAGUCCGUGGGUUCAACUAAAAGUGCUCCUUUUUCAUCAUAUUUAAUUGGUACACCAAAAAUGAUUGGUUUAUCCAUUACUAGUGACAUGUUGGACAGUAUUUGUUGUAAACUGAACAGAUGAAAUGCAUAAUGAGUGGAACAUUAGGCACAAUGACAAAACCUCAAGAGCACUGCACUAGUUUAAUAUAUAAAAGAGUUGUAAACAAAGCUGGAACUCUACAUGGUUUCAAUGUAAUCUAAUAGUUUGAUGUUUUCUAGAUAUGGAUGGAUCAUCAGAACAUGUCUGAGCAUGUGUUGUGCAUGGUGCUGUACCUGAUCGAGCUGGGCUUGGACAACCAGGUUCAGGAAAACAAGGAGGACGAGGUAUGAGUGUUAGAGUUAGAACCAGUCCCCUCAGUGGAAAGACUUCCCGUGUCCUCGUGUGUUUUAAAUGAUCUUGUGCUCAUAGGAGCCUUGCAUUGAAGAGCACUGCCAUGACAGCUGGUUCCCCGGCACCAAUCUCCUCUCCAACCUGCACCACGUCAUCAACUUUGUGAGGGUUCGGGUUCCCGAGACGGCCCCUGAAGUGAAGAGAGAGGCCCCUCCCAGCACCAGCACUGAGGCGUCUUCAUAUGGCCAGGUAAAAAAAAUGUGCUGUGUGUCAGUGAUGAUUUUAUACAUUAGCGUUGUAUUAAUCCAGUGUUAGAUGGAGGAAAGUUAACAUCUAAAGAAGAAGACCCAGGUAUUUGACGACAAAACAAAUAGAACAAAUUAAAGACCAGUGGUUAUUUGAUUUUUUUGUCAGGUGCCCUAAGACUCUUCGGUUCCAAUAUUACAGUAUAUUUGCUGGUCUUUAUUGACAAGCACGAGUCUGGGAGUGAUAAACACCAGAUAAACAUAGAGCAUGCAAGGUCCAUGUUACUGACAGUUUUGUUUUGAUGUACUUUUGUUGUCCAUUGGACUAGCACAACUUAGUAAGGCUUCAUCUCCACUUCUUCAUAAUGAGACACAAACUGGUACAUGAUACUGCUUAUGCUGCCAUGAAAAAGCAGCUUGAAAGAUACCCUGCAUGACAAAGGUAUGGUGAGGUCAAAUAAAGGUCAAACUAAACUUUCAAGUAAAUAAAAGUAUUAGAUAAAAAAUAAAAGAUCCAGCAGAGUUUGAUCUGGGACAUUCAGUUUUACUGCUGACAUUUAGUUGACCCUAAGAAAAAUCUGUGUACGGUACGAACAAAGAACAACAUAUUUUAAGGAGCUUAAAGUGACCAUAUGGAGGGUCUAUAGAAGGAAAUACCAUGACAGAACAUAUUUUGGGGACCUGUGUGAUGUAAAAUAUGGGUACAAGGUAGAUGUUGAGGAUGGUUGUCGGAGGCCCCCGGCUCCAGCAAUCUAACACUGAAGUAUCUGAGGUAUUUGAGUGACACAGCUCCACCGCUCUAAAGGCUGACAUGACUGGCUAGAGAAAAUCAUCCUAACACAGAGUCUCGCCAUGAUACAAACUGGCAUUUAAAGAAAUGGAAAACUGAUCUGAGAAAAUAAAAACAAGAGUGAUACUCCGUAAGUGUCAGUGGGCCUAUGUGUCUUGUGUGUUAAAGAGAAGUAGGAAUUUUUCUAAAUGCAUUUCACUGAAUAGAAAAUAAAUAAAUGUGUGCACAGUUGAACAAUAACAGGUUUUGUGAUUUCAAGCAAAAAAAAAUCACGUAGAAAAACUACAAAAUGAUUUUUUUUUUUCAUUGCUUGAACAUCAAAAACACGUUUUUAUGAUUUAAUGGCACUCAAUAUUUAAUUGCUGGAAAGACAAUUAUCAGAGAACUAUCAGGAUAAGUUUGAUAUUAUUUUACACUUUUUGAGGAUAAAUCCACAUAACACUGUUGCUUCCAUCUAAAUGCUGCUUUGAGGACUCAUAUAACACCAACUUACACAAAAGCACUGCAACUGUUUUUCUCAUUUUGCUGCUCUCAGCCCUGGCAUGCAUAUGGUUUAUUCAUCAUCUCAUUUUGUUGUUUUCCUUUCUUUCAUGUCCUUUUUGUCAUAUCAUCAUUAUUUGUGUUGGUUUUGCUGUACCUGCUCCACAGAACUCCAGACGUCUUACAGGGAAUUGGAGAGAGGUAGCUAUCUUCAUCCAUUUCCGUCCAAAGGCUGAUGGCUUUGAUGCCACCCGCAGCUUCAUUUGUUGACUUUUUUUCUUUAAUUUGAAAGAGUUUCUUUGCGCUUGUUUGUUUUUGUGCAUCUCAGAGGGUGUCCGCCCCGGUGUGUUGUAGUCUGUGUGUAAUGCCGUGCUUCAGCAGUUCCCCUCCCUCUUGACUGCUGAAACUAAUUACAUGUGUAAUGUAGGUGUGGGUAAAUGCUUUUUAACCGCAUGUCAAUAUGAUUGAUGUUGCUCCGAGUGGACGACUUGAUGAAUGUUUAUUUAACAGUGCCGCUCAGGUCCCCUCUCUCAGGUCAGGUCAUGGUAAUCUUUCAGUCGGCUUUUGUACUUUAACAUCAGGUUGAUUUGAAUUUCGUCCAGUGGUGGGACUGCUGUGAGUGCUUUCAGUGACGGUGUUUGUGACCCGUCAGCUGAAAUUUAUAACUGCUACUUAAUUUAAAGUGUAUGGUGCCAGCCACACUAUAGAAAGGAAGAACCUCUUCAAUAUAUCAAAGCUUUUUAGUCUGCAUGAGAUGUACUCUCAGGGGAGGAAGAAAACUGAUGAAGCUCUCAAGUGCAGUUUAAAAUGAAGGAAAUGUCGUUUAGAGGGUUUUUAUAUUUUUUAUGUGAUGGUAUUUUGUAAAUAUAGUGGAGGAUUGAUACUUGUAAUGUUGUUUGCUGUGAAAAUUUUUGUUUGUGUGUGAUUUAAGUGCAACACAGAGAGGCAGGAUGACAUGGAUCAAGACUGGGUGUCCUGAUGUUGAUGUGAAGUGUUAGAAAUGAAAAUAUUUUUUGUUUUCAUUUUUCUUUGCUCUCCUAGAAUCUGCGUGAAGCUCAGGUCUUCAGCCUCGUCGCUGAGCGCAGGAGGAAGUUCCAGGAGAUUAUCAACCGCAACAGCACUGAAGCGGCCCAGGUUGUCAGGCCCAAGAGCUCCUCAACACGCUGGGUCCCACCAGGAACUCCCCCUCAGCUGGUCACAGAGAUCUUGGAGAUCCGGGAGAGCAUGCUGUCUCUCCUCAUAAAGCUCCACCAGAAGUUGUCAUCCAAGCAGAACUCUCUGUCCGCUUCCUGGCUGGAGGACAUGGACACGGGUCGUCACACGCAUGGAGAUGGCAUUACAGCCAUCGAGCGCAUCCUCACCAAGGCAGCCACACGCAGCUGCCAAAUCAAGCGUAGCAUCCAGGACAUUUGUGGGAAGGUUUGUCCUCCUGUUCCACCAAAGAAGAACAGUCCAACUGACAAGAAAGCCAUGGAUAAAGAGGAGAGGUAACACAAUCACACUUCUGUACGUCUUGUGAAUUUAUGUCUCUAUGAUACUGCUCUUUAUAUAUUCACAAUGGUUGUGCAUUGAUACUGUGUACAUUAGGCGAUCCUGAAAGGGAGUUUAGACAUUACAAUCUACAAUCAUCAUAUAUUUUACAAUUUGAAAGCUUAAUUGAGAUAUAAAUAUGUAAUUACAUCAAUGUUUUAAAGCGCUUAGUCAUAUGUGCCAAAAUACUGGAUGCAGAUAUAGAUUUUCUGUGUUUUUUUAGUCCUUUAAAGUCUAUAUUUAACUUACAAAAGUGCAAAAAUGGCUUGAAGUGAUGAUACAAAAGAUGUUUAUGAGGAAUAUAUGCUUGUUUUCAAUUUCUAAUGAGUUGAGACAGGGACAUUGCAUCCUGUUGUAUCACUUCUUUUAACAACACUGUAAACAAUUGGAAACUAAAGAAGAGCAGUUUCUGGAGUUUUGAGAGCAAAAUGUUCUACAUUCUUGCCUGAUACAGGAUUUCCGAUUCUCAACAGUUCAGGGUUUCUUUUGUUAUGUUUUUAGUUUCAUAAUGUGCCAAGUGUUUUCAAAGGAUGACACUUCUGCAACGCAGGCAGGCCAGUUUAGCACCCAGACUCCUCUACUGCUGAGCCAUGCUGUUGCAGGAUGUGGUUUGACAUUGUCUUCUUGACAUAUGCUAAGUCUCCCCCUAAAAAGAGUAUUGUCUGGAUGGCAGCAGAAAUUGUUUUAUCAUGGAUGCUGGUUAUUAAACUGUGUGCUAAUAAUGAGCUGAGUGGUCCCUUUCGUUCUUAGAGGACACUGGCUCACUCUACCGGAAAGAAUUGGAAAUUUAGAUUACACAGCAGGACACAGGACAGUUUCCACUUAGUCUCAGUCCAUCUUUAAUGUGCUCAGGUCCAGAGAAGAUGAAGGGGUUUAAGCUCAUGCUUAUACAUGGAUCCUGAUUUUAAAAUUUUACAGAAUGUCUAGUUUUUCAAAGUAUGCUAACCUCUCAAACAGCUGCAACAAAUCCAUGAGCAUUGCAACAGAGAACAUCAAAAGCACCUGAAAAGGAAGUGAAGGCUGUCCUCUCUAAAUACAAAAUUGUAGUAAUGUUCAUUUUUGAGGUGCAGAGUGGCAAGUAAAAAAUAUUCUGUCUCAUGACAAAGGAGUUAUCUGUACAGAAAUAGAUGAUUCCUCCUCUUCAGGAUAACCAUAUUGAAGUGGCAUUGUUUUGUAAAGACAGCGUGAGUCUAUGAAAAUAGGGUCUAGCAAGUGAAACCUGGUGGGUUUGGGCUUUUCACCUCACAUCCACCCUCUAGUCCCUGUCUCCCAUUCCUCCCCCUUAAUGAUGAUGGAACGGGCUAUAACCAUGUAAUAAUUACCUGCUUUUGAGGUUGGCUUCACCCCACAGACUAAGGUAAAGGUAGAAUAUCUCAAAUUCACACAUUCCAUUGCUGUUACCAAGGCAACCAUCAGGCAGCAGCGCAGCCAGCAGCAGUGAGAGGUGGGGAGCUGCUGUCCAUUCCUCAUGCUGGUUGCCGGCAACCCUGAAGCCAUCAGUGAAAAUUAUUGAGCUGUGACGCUCCUGUCAGUAUUUGUUUAUGUCCUCUUAUUAGGGACUUAAUUUACAGUCAGCUCUCGCCCCACAUGUCUGCAGAGAAGCACUCAACCCGCCGUGUUAGUUUAAUGAUCGACCUUUCUAACUCUUACAGCACGGCCAUGUUUAGACACCUGCUAUGUAUGUAAUCGUAUAGAUUCUGCUCCACAAAUCAUGGGUGAUCAAAGGAGACGUGCCCUUAUCAGGAUACUGUAACGCCACUGUGAGCUGGACAUGCAGUGUUAAACUGCUUAAACUGAGCCAAGCGCUGACAACAAGCCGUAUGAAGUCCCUGUUUUUACCUCAAGAUCAUUUUGUCCCUCUAUAGAAAAAGUGUUUUUUAUGUACAUUACUAUAUUUUACCUUCUCACACAGUUACUCUUUAUUUCGGUUUUGAUCUCAAGUGAAUGUUACCGGGUUGUUUUAGUCAAACAUGAUUUGUUUUCCUGUUUUUCAGGCGUCAGAGGGCAAGAGAGAGACAGCAGAAGCUGCUGGCUGAGUUUGCCUCCAGGCAGAAGAGUUUCAUGGAGACAGCCAUGGAUGUCGGUAAGAAAAAUCUGACUGACAUAUUAUUUGGUUUUUAAAAUAAUAAGGCAUUAUUCACAGCAGCCACUACCCAGAUUUAGGGAGCAGGAAUUUUCCUUCUGUUCAUUGUUCAAGGGUUCAUUGGCAACAUAAAGGUUAAAAAGGAUUGUUCCUCCCCAGGUCCAAAACAACAAAUAGAAAUAAGCUACCUCUUUGCAAAGUGAAUUACCUUGGUGUAAAGAAAUUGAGUAAAAAGAUAUUAACUGAACCUAAUUGAAAAUAAUCAGGAGAAGACAGGUACAUAAAAGGCAGUUCAGCCCUACUGCUCUCAAACUAAGUAAUUACCCCAAACUCUAAAAAUCUAAUAGAAACCCAACACAGAAAAUUACUAAUCCAAAAGCACAAUAACUACGUAAUACAAAGUUUGCAGACCAUUCUGGAGCCUGGGGACCAGACGAGCUGCUGCUGUCGGCUGGAAGCUGCAGAAUGACUGAGAGCUCUGACUUUUUAAAUGACAGGAUGCUGAGUGCCUGACCAAUCCAGCUCAUCACUCAUACAGCUCCUGCUUUCCAGCCAAUCGCUGCCCUCCUGCCCACCUGCUGACUCACACACACACACAAACAGAUCCAUUUAACAAACCAAGCACUCGCUCCAGCACAAACACAGCAUUGACAGAUGCACACUGGGAAUACAAAACAAUACAUUACAAUACUGCCAAGGCCAUAAUGUCCACUUUUAGUCACAAAAAGAGAGUCGCAGAUGCAGCCGUCAGGUCUGUACGGUCAUGCAACCUUUAUUGGUGUUCUUAAACUGCCGUAGUUGUAAAUGAAUGGCCAGCACUCAGCAGACAAUUGAGCCAAGUACAGAGUGAUGAAGGUAAAAGUCUUGAUUAAAAUAUAGACAGAAAAUAGAGUUGUGCAGAACCCUUCUGGAUAUUCAUGUCUAUGGUGAUGGCUAAGUCUGCAUAUCAGUGUGGCGCUGGUUGAAUGUGCUCAUCAAAGUAGGUUAGCUCUGACUGUGGUGAACAACACCUUCUAAAGAGUCAAAAAUAAACAAUCAGACUUUUUCGGUGGACAUUUUUCCGCUGUAGCUCUUUGAGAACAGCACAGCUGGCUUAAAUAAACCCAUCAUCCGUUUGCCUUUUUCACCGAGGCAAGGUGACAGCGGGCCGAGUCCUAGCCUGUGGUCUCUGCAGGCCUGCUAGGACAAAUUGAGAGAAGAGUGCUCUUGUGGGAGUGCGGGUGGCUGCUGGCUGAGGGCACAUAGGAUCAAAGCACUAAUAGUGGGCUUGGCUCUCAGGGCCCACCCUGACACAGCAUGGUUAGUGAAUGAAUAAUGGCUGCUGAGAACAGACAGGCCUUUGUAGCAGGACUGUAUGCUGACCUCUUUAUACACUCUGAAAGCUGAGCAGAAACUUGAGUUCUUUAAGGUCACAUCUGGAUUUACAUCAGCUGCACGAGAGAAAGACUUAAACUGAUGAGUGAAUCACUAUUUCAAUCCAGUGAAUACAGUGUAGGUAUUUUUGAGAUACUCAGCCUGCAUUCAGAGUUUUGGCAUUACUUAUAAGUGGUACAAAUCUUGUGUGUAUAAUACUCUACUACUAUCAUGCUGUAUGUAACGUAAAUCAGUGCACCCAUGUUUGUAUUUGACCUCUGUUUCCUUGUACAUUGUGUGUUUGUUUCUGCGCAUGUGCACACACUGGUGUCUGCAUGUCCCGGGUCAGCCUCAGGCUAAAAUCUGUGGUUUUGACAUCUACAGUAAUACAUCCUUCAUUUCCCCAGGAACUAAGUGACCUCUCCUGAGAACAUAUUUUUCCCAAAAGCAAUAAAUCAAUUUCCAACACAGCUUGACAUUUCUGCACAAUAUCUACAGUUCAAAUUGAACACAGUUCUUAACAUUUAAAAGUAAUUUCACCACAGUAAUUAAUCUCCAGUGCGCUGCUGAUCAUGCAGAUAAGCUUGGCAAAGCCUGGAUUUACCUGUGCUCCUAUUUCUAAUUUAUGGAUGUUCUGUACUUCAUCACACACGUCCUAAUUUGGUGUUCCUUACAAGUAAUUUCUAUUGUAACUGUGAAAGGACUUGAUGCGAAGGAAUAAUUUCAUUCACCAGUAAUUAAAAUGGAAAUCAUCAUCGCCACAACUACUGCUGUUUCUGAUGCUGCUAUUGUGACUGUGGUGCUAUAGCAGCUGCGCAUAGUAUUGAGUUAUAUAGAUUAUAUUGUUUUUGCUCAAUUCCCACAAGACAUGGUACACAACUUUGAGCAGACUGUCUUCCACCAACACACUAACAAUCCAGGCAGAUUUUCUAUUUUUCAAAAUUGAAAAUGUGUCAAACUCACAGUGCUUCAAACUCUUGACAGAUAGGUCCAGUUUUAAUAAAAAAUGUUCAGUUUCAGGAUUCUGUUACAAAAAAAUCAUAUUUGACAGGUUAUUGAAUCGAAUCAUUUUUCAAAUCACUAAAAGAGCAACUUUGAACAUCAGUUUUUAACUUGCUGAGUGAUCAUUCAAUGGGUAGAAAUACUUUUAAAUUCUAACUGGCAGCACUACAACAACCUUCAUGGUUUCAUGUUGUAUUAUCCGAAUGUUGUCCUUGAAAAGCGUUUCAAUACUGAUUUCAGAGUCUCUCUUUAUACAAAGAAAUCUGAAACAUUUUAUGAAGCAAAAGAUCUAUGCAACCUUUGACACUCAUGUGAAAACUUACAAAACUGACAAAACUUCAAAAGUCAUGACUUGUUUUGUAUAAAUUUGAACAUCCUUAUUCAAUGUGAACAGUUUUUAAGUCUCUGAACUUUGGAGACUAAAGAGUUUACACUGAGCAAACAAAGUCUCUCUAAGUAAUUGUUCUCUACAUUUAAAUCCAGUUAAAUUCAACCUGCAGCCUCUUCUUCACUCCCCACUCUUUCUCCUGGUUUCUCCCUCCAUCCAAACACAUUUCACAUGGGAAGUUUUGCAGCAAACGUCUGCCUGCCAAAACCCCACAGCACUAGUUAUCAGUCAACUGCAGCACAGACGCUCAUGCCCACAUUUACUAGCAGUGAUGAAGGGAUGCUGGACUCUGUCUAGCACAGCGAAACACAGCGUGGACGAUACAGCAGGAGUUUCAGAACAAACCUACAAGCGAUAUGUUGACAGUGUUUUUUCAGAUGAUGAAACAGUCACAGAUGUGUUUUCUUGCUUUAUGUUUGACUUUGACAUGUUUUGAAUGUUGGUUUUGGCAGGCAGCAGCUCUCCCCUCUUUUCCAGUGCUGCUUAAUGCCACUAAACCAUUGUGUGGUAACCAGCACUACACUGAACCGUCCUCCCUUCACUCCUGUAUAAACCCUGUAGUGACGAAUCUGAAGUUUGUUAGUUCUUCCAGAGGAGCCCUUGCAAAUGUAUCUUGACAUAUUCCUCUUUCUUUUUUUUUCAAUACCAGAAUCCCCUGAAACCGAGGCAGCCAUGGACCUGGGAGCGUCUGAGGUGAUGGAGUCUGAGGUUCUUUAUGACUGUGUGAUCUGUGGCCAGAGUGGACCUUCCACCGAGGACAGACCCAUCGGCCUUGUAGUUCUCCUUCAAGCAUCUUCUGGUACUGCUUAUCCCUUACAUAGACUCUGACAUUAAUGGCCUGCACAGGAUGCAUCAAUAGUUUUUUUGUACCAUUAAACAACCACUUACCAUUAUGACAGUGCCAGUGGACCUCCUACUUUUUAAAUCAAAACCGUUAAUUAUGGCACCUCUGAGCCACCGUAUCUGAAAAUCUGACUACAAAUAGGUGGUUAACUGGUGUUGAAAUUGGCUCAUUUAUCAUUUUCUCUUUUCCAGUUCACUGAGAGAGUAGGAUCACAGACUGCCAUUCAAGGCAAUAGUAUGAUUGAUUAGUGAUUAGUCAUUUUGUGAGAGGGUUAAAAAUACCAUGACCCCUGCAGUAAUAAAUAUCUCCAAUGAACCAACAAUGAGCUAGAGUGAGUAUUUUAACAGUGCACAAUUUAUUUGUUUCUGAAGGGUAUGUUGUUUCUAAUUUAUCUGAUGUUCAAGUUAAAAAAUCAGUUUUAACUUUGUCUGUUGGUGGAAAAUUAAAUUUCAUCUCAAUAUAUAAUCAGUUUGUUCAUUUUCAGGCAAGAAUGACUGAAAUCAUGAAAUGUAAUGACUGAAAUCAAGACCUCUAUAUUUUGGAAAGCUCGAUAGACUUACCCCAGUGUCUUCCUCCACUCACUACUCUGAUUGUCUUUCAGUACUUGGGCACCGCUGCAAAAGCAAAGAGGCGAAGAAUCUACCCACCAGUGAUGACGAACACAUCUAUGCUGCAGACACGUGCGGGGUGGCUCACGAUGUCCGGCUUACGCUCAUGCAACGGUUCUUCAAAGAUGUAGGUGUCGCAGAAAAUACGGACAGCUUUCUGACAAAAGAAAAAGAGGGCUGAAAGCACUUAAAAGCUCUAUCAGGGAUAUGAGUCGUACCUUUGUGCCAAAUAAUAGCCCCAACCACUUCAUUAGGAGGCUUUUAUCCUUUGAAAUCGUGACAUUUAGUCCAGACUCACGGCAACCAUUUGAACAUUUGCAUCUGGUACAGGCUCAGCCUCUCAGAACUUUUGCAAUUUUUUUAACUUGUUGAUGAUUGAUUCUAGUCAUAUUACUUUAGUCACUUAGGAUUUUAGACACAUCUCUGUGGCUGCUCUAACCUGCUAAUAUAUGAUCAUGUAAAACAUUGCACACAUUAGUGUCAGAGGGAUGAUGGACUGUCUUUGUAAGCAUGUUUUUAUUCACAGUAGGAUCCUGGAUAUGAUCCAGUGACAGGCUAACUAAAGCUUAAUGUGUUUGCUAACCAGCAUAUUACAAAUAAACAAAAGGCCACAGUGCUAGGAUGUCCUGAAGACUUUAUUUGAUGUGAUUUUUCUCCUCUGAAUUCUGCAGAGCUCCUGUCUGCAGUCCGUGUCAAUAGGUUGGGAUGGGGGCGUCUACGUCCAGACCUGCGGACACACUUUGCAUAUAGAUUGCCACAAGUCUUAUAUGGAGUCUCUCAGGGUAGGUGAAAGCUUGACCUCAUGAAAUGAUCUGUCAUUACUCUAAUUACUCCAGUGAUUUGAAAGAAAAGAAAUCAAUACAACUUUGACAAGUGAUUGUUUACGUCAUUAGACAAGUUUAAAAUCAAACAUUUUUCAAAUGAAGCUUAAAAAAGCUUUUUUUCCCUGUUUCUUAUUAGAAAUGUAACACCUUACCUAACAAAAGACAAAAUAUCAGCAAAAUAAUGACCACAUAAAUUCUUCAGGUGACUGUAUUGUAGAGCAAUGUUUUUUUCAGCCUUGCUGAGACUGGUCUGGAGUAAAAAUUCUAGGCAAAUUUUCACUUGUGUGAUAUUCUGCAUGCUGCACAUGCUUUUUAAAAGUCAGGUGACAGCUACCUCCUGUAGGUGCAAAUGUAUUUUUAUGUCCCUCUUUCCUUCAGAAUGACCAGGUCCUCCAGGGUUUCUCCGUUGACAAAGGUGAAUUCACAUGCCCACUGUGUCGGCAGUUUGCCAAUAGUGUCCUUCCCUGCCGCCCUGGGCGGGGCACAGAGUCUGCUGCUUGGCAUGCUCCCACAAACAAGAAGACCAGUGUGAUUGUGAAGGAGGUGGAGGAUCUUCAGGAGAAACUUGGCCUUUUCCCUGUGAGUAUCACAUCACACUUUCUUCAUGGUUCACAGGCGUGACUGUCUGGUGGUAAUGUAAACUGUGAAUUUAAUAUUUGCAUUUGCAUGUUUUAACUUUGAUCUCUAAGUUUUUCUUUUUUCUUUCAAAAAAAAGUUUGUCUACCAAUCAUUUGAACCUCAUUGUGCUCUUAUUUCUUUAAAGACGGAGUCUAACUUGAGCAAAGAGAUGGAGUCAGUUAUUAAGGACAUCAAGAACACCACCCAGAAGAAAUACAUGGACUAUGGCAAGAACCCUGGCUCCCCUGACAAUGAUUUCCUCUUCAUGUACUCUGUGGCAAGGUGAGCAGUUUAAAAAGGAUCCAGCUCAUAAAACCCUCUUCAACAGUGAUUGAAUACUUUUUUGGCUGUGUUUUCCUGGGCAGUGUCCUCUGCUCUCUCACUGCCAAGCCUUCCUGGGAUAUCUUAGUGUAAGGGUAGCUGCAGCCCUCGAGCAUAACUCCGAUUCAGGAAUGCAAUUUCUGGAGAGGUUAUUGAAGGGUCUACACAUGUUUGUUUGACCAGGAUUUAUCACUGAUUUAGUUUGUGAUUUUUACAGACAGUCUCCGGGCACAGACAGACAUCUGGAUUUAGGGCAGGUUGCUUUUGAAGAGUUAAUGAGUGUUUGAAGUCUUGGUGUUUUGAUGGAAAACAGUGAAUCUGCCAUAUUGAGUUUAAAGAGUUUGAUGAGUCAAACUUGAUUAAAGUUUCGUACACAAAGUGAAAAAUUGUUCUAAAAUUAAAUUAAAUUGUUGAUGAGAGUCUUUCCUCCUAAACUAUAGGUAGAACAUUUCGUAUAAUCGACAUGCUGCUGGUCUUUCUUGGAGACUGUUGUACUUCCACACUGCAGACAUUUCCUUUACACUUCACCAUUAAAAAGCCCACCAAAUUUAGGUUUUAAAUUCUGAGUUGAUCCAUCUGAUUCGUUGUCUUUUCCAAGCAACCAGCCAGUGUCUAAUAUUGAUGUUCCUCGCCCUUCAAACAAAGCUGGGUAACAUUUAAGGUUGUUAACGCAUCUGUUUUCGUUAUUUCUACGUUUAUAUCAGAUCGUCUUUCUGUGUCCUCUUCUCUGCAUCAUUCCACACCUUUUUUACACACCACUGACCUGUGGGAGAAAUGCUGCACUACUCUUUUGUUCUCUGUUAAUGUCAGCUCCUCAGCUUGAAUAACAAUGAGAGUCCAUACAAAAAGAACAUAAGUGUCCUCUGUCAUUGUCAGAGUCCUACUUUGUAAAAGUUUUCCCUUGAAAAACUCCUCGAUAUUGAGCUGAAAUUCAAUACUGCAGCUGUAGCAAAAACUCUUGCACAAAAAAUAUAGAUUUCCUCACUCCUCUUUUCAAAUUUGUUCAGGGAGCUGUGAAGGAUUUGUUGAUUUGUUUACUUCAUACUUGUUAUUAUAGUGUGGCACUUGUUCUGGGAGGUGUUGUGAUCAGAGCGCCUCUCUGAAGCAGCGUGAGCAGGUUUGUCACUGUAGGCUGCAGUCAAGCCAUAUUGACCUUUGCUCUAUCUUUGCGUGUUAGGUCAGACCUAGCAUGGAUCUAUAUCACCUCCUUUGACUGGUCUUUGAGGAGGAUCAUUGCACCAUUCUUCUAGCCUGUGUUUGACUGGUUUUGAAUAUCACAGGGUAGGGCUGGAUGAUAAAACAAUGAUGAUAUCAAAAAUUAAUUUCCCUUAUUGAUAUAAAACAUGGUCAGUAUGCUUUUCUAUAGCCAGCAUUCUGCCAUGUUGAGUUGGACUAUAAGAAUAGCCAAUGAAAAGGGGAGUUGCUCCGGAUCCAUGCCGCACUGAACCAACCAUUCACUCCGCUUUGUCUUGCGCAACACCUUACCACAAAACGUCUAUGGGACCUCACAGAUGCAGUAGCUUAUUGUAUUGCAAAAAAAAUGCUACCAAUAAGCAUUGUUAAAUUUCAAUUAAGAGUAAUGGGGAACAUUUAAGAUUGGCAAGUGAUUUUUUUUUAUAUCAUGAUAUACAUCGAUAUCGACUGAUAUAAAAAAAAUAUAUAUAUUUUGAUAAACUUUUUCCUAUAUUGCCCAGCCCUAUCACAGGGUAUUCUAGUGGUCUUAGACACACUGAUGUACCUGUUCUAUCUAUAAUCUAAUGAGAAAGCCACAAUAUCAUAAAACAUCAUAAAAAAUUAUUCACCUUUCAGAUGUGAUGUCUUCUCACUAAGAUGGUCACAGUUCAGCUCAAGGCUCUAACUUUCUACUACUCCGAUUCUAAAAACGCCGCCCUUUCUGCAGCAUAACCAGCCAGACCUUUUGCCCACCCAGUGUCUUGAAUCCCUCAGCCCUCCACCCUGAACAGAAAGAUCCCCUGAGUGUGUCUGGGUGCCUGUUGUCUCUCUGAAGUUCAAUGAACAGCGCAAAUUGCCUGAGGAAUGGAAAAUUCCUUUGUCACAGGGGCACUCUUAUCAGCAAAAGCCAGAUGGAGCUUCACCGUGGCUGCAUUAUCUAUGUGAAAUUGCUUUUUCUCCCAGGAAACCCGAGGAUUUGCCCCCACCUCCCUGGCCCAUUGAAGGAAAUGGCCAGUGGCAGAACGAAAUCAGACCAAGAUCAGUCUUAUUUUAGUAAUACCUAUCUGUUUUCACCAUCUAUGCACUUAGUGAGAGGGUUUGCUUUAUUUUUUCACUGUUUUGGUAGUGUGAACAAAAUUAAAAUUCAGGAGUAAAAUGAAUUUGGUUAUGCGUGGGAAAUGCACACUGAGGAUUAUGCAUUAACUGUGGUUGGAAACAGCUUUUAUGCUAAUGGUCCAGAUUGUGCAAAACCAGUCUUGGAGAGCUGUUAUUUGAUUCGGAAUUGCUGCUGCAAAAUGGGCGCACUAAAUGGCAAAGUGGCUUGAGUAGGCAGCAGCUUUCUUCUCCAUAAUCGAAGAGGCGCAAGGAAGAGGCAUAACUGAAAGCUGAAUUUGAUGGUGCUCAGAUGUUUCUAUCACCCCCACCAUCCAUUCUGCGACACAUGCAAACUCUCUGUUUUAAUGGUAAUCCCAUAAAACCUGAAAGUGAGAUAAAUAACUUCUUAGUUCACGACCUUUAGAGAGAGAAGAAAUUAUGGUACGAUGAUCAAACAUAGAGAUUCCGUAUUUCUCUGUUAUACUUAUGUGAAAAACAUUACAAAAAUCCAGCCAUCUAAAUCUUAGAUCUUUAAUCUUACACCUUAAUCUUUUCUACUACAAUAUUUUAUUCAGGGCCCACUGACACAAGCUAUUUGAUCCCUGUGAGAACUGUGUCCACAUAUUUGUAUACAGCACAAGGUCAGACACCUUCUCUUCUCAGUGGUGUUGGCUCCUGCCAGGGUUGCCCCUCGUCGCUGAUUUUGUUUGGGAUUUUAAUGGACAGGAUCUCAAGGCCCAGCAAAGAGAAAGGAGGGUCCCCAUUUCGAUGGCCUCAAUAUUCUAUCUCUGCUUAUUGUAGAGGUUGUGGUUCUGUCGGCUUCUUCAGGUCAGGACCUCUUGCAGACAUUAGAGCAGUUGGCAACUUGAGUGUGAAGCAGCUGAGAUGAGGGUUGUUUGUUUCUUUACUGGAAAACGGUGGAUUGCGAGUAAAGAUAAAGUGGAUUGUGAGGCUAACAGGCGGAUUUGCACUGCGUCAGCUAUAAUGCAGGCAUUGCACCAGACCGUCAUGGUGAAGACGGAGCUGACUCAUACGGCAAUGCUUCUCAGUUGCUGGUUUCUCUUUGUUCAAACUCCUACCUCUGGUCAUGAGCUGUGGGAAGUGACCAAAAAGAUGGCAUCUACACAUACAAGCAGCUGAAAUGAGUUUCCUUGUAAAGGUGUUUCAAGUUGAGCUUUAGAGAUGGAGCUAGGAGCUUGGACAUCUGGUGGGAGCUCUGAGUAGAGCUGUUACUCCUUCACUAAAGGAGUCAGUUAGGUAUUUGAUAAGGAUGCCUCCUGGAAGAUUCCCUUUAGAGAUGCUCCAGGCGUACCAAACUUGGUGGAGGGAUAGACCUAGAGCUUGCUGAAGGGAUAAUACAUCUCACCUGGCCUUGGAACACGAUUGGGAUCCUGCAGGAGGAGCUGGAAAACAUUGCUGGGGAGGGGAUGUCAUGGUCAACUUGCUUAGACUGCUGCCUCUAUGAAUGGAUGAUGAAUGGAUAGACAGAGGGAUAGAUGUUCCCAGCAUUUUCUAAAAACCCACCAAUGAACACAUUUCCCCUUAAAUGUAAAUCACAGACUUAUCUUAUCUGGUAUUUCCUCAUUAAAAACAAGUGUAAAAAUAUUUCAACCUCUCUAUGAUAUGUAUCACAGACAGCUUUAAUUAAACUUUAAGGUAAAGUCUAUUAAAAAGUCACAUUGAACAACAGAGGUGUAUUUGUGUACGUAGGUUAGUUUUAUGUCGCAUUUCUUGGACUAUAUUCACCUGAUUCAUACUUCUCUAAAUGUUUUUUUCAUCUACUCAGGACAAACCUGGAGUUGGAACUUGUGCACAGGGGAGGAAACCUGUGCUCUGGAGGAGCCAGUGCUGCUGCCAAACGCUCAUGUCUCAGUGAGUACAUCCUCACACACCUUUUCAUCUGGGAUUUCAUAUAGAAGAAUUCCUCUACAAGUUGUAUCCUGUAAGAUGCUCUAUUGUAACCAUGUCUAUGGCACAUUCUAGUCAGAAUUUGUUGACACCAGAUCAAAGCUAUGCCAAAUUGAAAAAAAGGAUUAGUUUUAAGCAAAUAAGUAAGUUGCUCUAGACUGGAAAAGAAAAAUAAUUGGAUGCAUUUGCACAGUACCUUCCCAUCGUGCUGUGUCUAUCCACAAUGCUUGCCAUGUAACAGCGUGGACUUAUUACACCGUAAUAAGAGGCCACCUUUGUUUUUUUUUGUUUUGUUUUUUUGCCAGAUGAUGUAGCUUCAUGUGGCCCCAUGUCUGAUGUUCUUUAUGUUUAACUUGACAACUAUCACACCCUGAGUUGCUGCAGUAAGCUGAGCAUCAUUUCCCAUGAGCCCUGUGUAAUAAAUGUUCCGACUUGAGAUCAGAUUCAUUUUUCUGUGUUGCAGUUGAACCGUUAAAAGGAGAUACAAACGGUCGAUUAGAAAUGGCAGGCAUGGGUAGACGCUGUCCCAUGUGAGCUGUUGGGACAGGCAGGCUAAAUGAAGCAGACAAAUGGGUUAAGUGCUGUUUUAGUUGAUUUUGUCAAAGCUGACAAGGGCAAGCUGAACAUCAAGCACGGCUAAUAUUCAUUAUAUUUGUUACAAGGGGUGUGACGAGACACUCGGCUCGGCUAAGAGACGAGAUUUUGACACCAGUUUUGGAAAAACUUCAAAAAUACAAUAUGCAGAACAGAACAAGUCAGUCCGUUUUCAUCAUCCUGUGAUGAAGGUAACCAAUAAUGAAUUUCCUCAUGAAUUUCCUCACUAAAAGACAUACAUUGUACAUCAAACUAAAAACUGAUUUAAUAUGAAAACAUUGUGAAAGUGUUUGUCCAACUAAGCAGUACUCUCCUCUUGCAGAAUGAUCAGAGAGUAACCAGAUUAACAUGUAACCUGCGCUUAAAGCAGUUGGAAACAUGUUGAGUGAGUUUCUGCUCUAUAGAUUUGUGCUGCUUGUAAAAACCAUUCCCACGUCUGACAUACAGUUAUUGCUAAGUCAGGCUCUGUUAGGGCUGGGUGAUAUGGCCUCAAAUCAGUAUCAUGAUAUAUUGAGCGGUUCAACUCUAAGGCUAAAUAGACGAUACUGCCGCUCCACCCGCUACAACUUUUGAAUCGUCCUCCAUCUCCUCACCUGUCUUUCCCUCUUUGUUACGGACUGGAUGGGGUGGAGUCACAUCUCUGACAUAGGACAGCGUCUUAAAGGGACAUGAGACCAUAGCCCACCUACACACAUCCAAAACCAACUUUUAUUUAUUGAUAUUUUUGAUACCAAAUAUAUUGACACGGGCAAAAUGACGUUGGUUAUUGUCGUAAAUUUUACUAUCGGUAAAUUUUCAUUUUCUUGCUCAGCCUUUUGCUCUGUUAACUCUGUAUCUCUUUGUUUCAGUGUUUUUCUUUCCAAUGACAAGUUUUUACUCUCAUUAUCAACAUGGAUUCGAAAAUAUUUGCACAUUUCUGAGCGUUUUCAAAACACUCUAACAUGUGACCAUGACAUAGAAAAUGAGAAUACCACAGACUGACAAGAUUGAUGUGAUUGUGUACAUAAGUGAAACAAUAUUGGGAUAUUUGAUCUUGGAGUUUGGUGUUACUCUUGGUUUAACUAUGAAGUCUGUAUACUCUGCCCGUCUUCAUUUAGGGAUCAGUGUGUUGUUUUCAGACACAGUUGUUGGUAAGGACGCCAUCACCUGCAACAUUGAUGAGAUGCUUUUACUUUUCUUCUACUAAGGCAGUUUGGCAGGGCCCUUCCUGCGGCACUGGACUGAUUUUGAUUCAGUACUGCCACUACAUUGAUGAUAUGCUGUAAUCGCCGUUAAAAGUGACAAAUGAACCAAAUCCCUUCUUCAGGAAACAAUGUAGACAGCUUAUCAGCUCGCUGAGGACUAUCACCGAGCUUUAUUGUCAUGAGAUCUUUUCACACCCCUAUUCCUUACUGAUUAGAGUCUCAGCUUGAAUCUAUAUUUGAGGAUUUGUGGACAAAGAAAGUGAUAUUGCAGCAUGAAGUGAAUCUCAGUCUCUGGUUUUUUGUACAGGCUACAUCCCCUGUUUCCUGUUUGUUUAAUUAUUCUGUCAAAGCUGUGGCUGCUGCAGUGAAAUGGCCUGUCAUCCUUGAGUGGCUCAAAAGAAAUUUCACACUGGAGGUUUGCCAUUUUUGAGCUACAUUAACCAUGUAGUCGUGCUGACAGCCAAAUUUACUCAGUUGCAGUACAUUAGUGUUCCUUCUUCUUUGGGUAAUGGCUCUGAAGGAAAACGGCAGACGUGUGCUAACUGUGAGAGCUCUCGGGAUUCCUAAGCCUGUUUCCCAGCAGGCAUUUCUCUGUUUAAGUGAUGAGAAUAUGACGGACCUCAGUGGCAAACUGCCUACAGUUAACUGCAAAUAUUUGAAAUAAUCUUGGGACUAUGAGGCUGUUAUGGGAGUUCAAAGCAAAUUGUGAUUACUUCAGUUUUGGUUGUGACAGCUGUCCUUGCUAAGUUUAAAAUUUUGUGCUUUAUAUGGUGAUAUUCCCAGAGAGUACAUAAAUAACAUUCCUAUAUCUAUAAUGAAAAGUAAGAAUUGCAGAGAUCUCACUGCACUGCCUCAAAAAAUAUUCAUGCACAUGCAAAGUAUUUGACCCUUGAUUGGCCUAAGGUUCAUUUGUAAGCAUGAGGUAGUUUUGUAAUGGCAGCAAAGAACAAUAGAAAACCAUGAUUUAUUUGCUCCUCAUGUUUCCCUAUUCUACCUUAUCCAGGUUUGUUGGUGGUAAGAUUGGAGUGUUUGAGAGAAAAAAGGAGAGAAGGAAGAACCAGAUAAGACAAAUGGGAUGCAGAAAAAGACUCGGCCAUAACGCCCCGGUUUCUGUGGUGUGUCUUUCUUUGCCUGUGGAGGGCAGUGUUGCUCUAAGUAUGGAUCGUUCACACAAGUAAAAUUUGCAGAGCUUAUUAUAUGAAGCUCUUUGCUGCAUUACAGCAUCAUAAUUCCCUGUGAAACAAAAUCAAACAGGAUUAGAGUUUCUCUUUGGGAAAGGUUUGGUUUAUACAGAAGGCCGUUGUGUUCACACUGUUCCUAUGUGAUUUAAAUCUGGUCCUCUUGUGCAAUUUGAAAUUUCUGGAAGUGAAGGUCCUGGAUUGAGUUCAUGUGUAGAAUAAGUAGGUUAAUUUAUUUCUGCACUAACGCGAGGGACAAGGACUUUUAUUCACCUUGGAAUACGUUACCUAACAUCUAAAAUAAGCGGGGUCAACCUGCUGCCUUUUGCCGGGCUGUGCUGCAAUGUCAUAAAUUUAGUAACAGGUUUGCUCGAGACAAAGACAGUUCAGUCUGUGAAGUGUUCUGCUAUUAAAAGCCUAUGUGUGUAUAAUAGUCGGUGUGUUUGCAGAAGGGGGGGAUCUGUCUUCAUGUUCCAUUACUUUCACAUCGAACAGGUGUGACCUGACCAAAGAAUUGCUGGAGGCUAUCAAGCACCACCGUGUAUCCAUCUGGCCCAGCCUGGUUUUAUCUGAGCCAAACCAUUAGCCAGCAGUCAGUUCAAGUCAACUGCUUUCAUCAUUUGAUCUACUCUGGGUGCUGCUGGGGCAUGACAACAGACGCUGAGAUAAACACAACUUGCUGGUUUGUUCAUGUCAGACCUUGUGGAAAACACAACAAUAAUCUGUUCUGUUUGUCUCCCACUUUCAGAUCAGCUGUUCCAUGUGCUGGCUAUGCACAUGCGACUGUACAGCAUCGAUUCAGCUUACAACCCCUGGACAAAGCUGACUCAGGUCACUCAAAGCAAAGAGGCAGAGUGAGUGACUUUCUUUAAGUAACCCUGCUUAGAGUAAAUCUAUAAACCCGCUCAUGCAUUCCUCACUCGACAUGUCUGUACGAUUCCUCCCUCAUGUAAACAUGCAAUCAAAGCAACACUUUGUCCUCUCUCUAAGCACCACCAUUUUCUCCUGCCCCCAUGAGCUUUUUUUUUUUUUCUUCUUCACACAAAGAGGAGCUAAAAACAGAAAAGGAGCCAUGCAUGGUUACCAUAGAUACCAAUAAUUGCUGCAUCUGGCAAAUUACCGGGCACUCCACAAAGAGCAAAGCGACCCUGUCAUACUCACUGUGCUGGGUAAAACUUCACCAUUACCAAAGCAUACAAGCGAAGUGUAUAAGCGAGGCAUCUUAGCUGUCCACUUUGCAUCAACUCAAAUAUAUAUUAAACCCAAUCUGAAAGACAUUACUGCUGUGGUUUUAAAUCCUAUCUAUGUAUCAGAACAUGCUCAUUUUUUUUUUUUUCUGUAUGCAUGUGUUAGCCCAGACAAACGAGGGGAAAAGACGCUACUGGCAGCACUUAACCCGAUGAGCUUGAACAACCUUUCCUCCCUGUUAGUGUUGUAAGACAGCUUUUACACCUGUUACUAGUAAAGUGCUCACAGUCAUAAAAUAUUCUCAGGGGAGCUAUUUGGUGUUUAAAAAUACUCUGUUGAGGUUUGGGAGGGAGCGCUGUCAUUGACACCCCGAGGCAGUCGACCUGAUCUAGUUAAAUAGAACAGAGAGAGAUGUUUCUACACAGAUGCACAACAUUGCUCUUGCGGUCCUACAAGAUAAACCAAAGAGGAACGCAAUACGAUUUUACAGUUGGCAAAUAUAGUUCGUAUGCAGAGGUCUAUGCAGGGUUGAGAGCUUGAUCCUCUGAGGCUUUCCUUCGAUGCACAGAGGAAUUAGCUGGUGAGUGCUUUGGUAAUGGAAGGUAUUAUUCUUUAAGUGCAGUUCCCCUUGAUGAAAACCCCUGAGGCCUUUCAAGAGCAGAGAGGAGAUUGGAACCGUGCUGAAUCGUCAACACAAGACAUUUAAAUGGAGAUGGCACACAAUAUGAAUGUGCGACCAGGACUGCAUUAAGGAAGUUCACAGAAUAGAGCUUUUAAGCCAUGUAUUUGUUGAGCUAAUUUAAACAGCAGGACCUUUGCCAUCACACUUUUUUAGAAGCCUUUUAAAACAUUCAGCCGGCAACAUUGCUGCCUUUGUCACAUAUCAUGUAAAAUCACCUGCUUUUCACACAGUUUAGCAAAUGUUCUUUACAGCUUUCUUCACGCUAAUCUCUGUUUAUAGAGCUUAAAUAUAAAGUACAUUCUGUAGUCUGAGGUCUGGAUUUUCAGUACAGGGAUUGUUCUAGUGUCUGUGGUAUGUUUGCAGAUUGAGGAGUACUGACCCGUCAAGUGCAGGAGAAACACUGUAUGGAGAGCAAAAGCUGGCAGAAUACAGUCCUGCUCUCUAUGUCGCCUUGGCUCGUAUCUGUGGUCAUCUGGUGACAGCUAACAGAUGUUUGCAACUGCAGCUCACCAUCUGCUCGAAAUCAAAAUUUAAAAUUUGUUGUGUGAGCCAGUCAGUGUUUAGAUUUCCCAAACAUGGUUGAUUCAACCUCCAUUCAGAAAACAAACUUUUGAGAGGUUUUGUCUUUCUUCUGUUGAGGACAGACCUGUCACAGUUUGUAUUUUCAUCCCGUUCAAAUCAUAAUCAUUGCGAUGUUGCUAGCUCUGCAAAUUGAGAACCUGUUAAUUGCAAGUAUAUCACAAGGCACUCACCUCUGUGUAACUGACUAUUUAUUUACAAUGAUGAUGAUCACUGUUGGCUCCAUUAGGUUCCAAGAUUGUGUUAACACAUAAUGGUAUGUUAAUAGAAAUGAUCACACUUAAUUUUGGAGAAGAGACAGAAGGAAACUAGUCAUGUUUGAGCUGUGAAAAAAAAUCUUAAUAUUCCAACAUGAAUGGAACUUCAAAAGACUGCCAGAUAUGAAAGAAGUGCAGACAUGUAGGUUCUAAUCAGGUAUAUGUCUAAAAAAAAAAGUAAUUAGCACUAUAGCUAAUACUGACUGUAUUUAUUAUGUUUGUACCCAGGACAAACUAAUUUUAAUUUUUUCAUUUUAUUUUUUUGCACAACUUAGGAUACAAAAUAAAACAUGUUAGGUUAUAAUGAAACAGUGCAUGGAGAGGCAAAAAGCCACAAUGGUCUUAUUGAAGCCUCCACCUAUAAUAGCCUAAUAUUAAUAUCACACCUAAUAUUAAUAUAACUUAUUGCUUAUUGUUGACUUUUAUUUUUACCCAUCAUGUUCCAGUGACUUUGAUGAAGAGAGGCCAGAGGUACCCAUGCUGUUCCGAGACGUCCCCUCCCUCCUGAUCAUCUUCGUGCUAACAAUGCCGCAGCCUCUGAGAAAAGGUAACGCUCCUAUGUCUACAUCACAGCACUAUAAGAGAGUAGGGCCACUCUGCGGCUGCUCCACAAGGACAACCCCAUUAUCAGCAGUAAUCAGGUCUGAGUGCUGCAGAGAAGCCUUCCAACGUCUCUUAUCUAUGCUCCACUUGCUGUUAUUUGGCUGCGAGGAUCAGAGAGACCACGACCCCGGUGAUGGGGGGGCUGCCCCCUCUUACCGUGCCCUUCAUCUGUGGCAUGUUGCUACAUCUCCUCCAUCUUUGCCCCUCGGUAGAGAGAGGCCACCUACAGACCUGGCCAAACACCCCACGGUCAUGUUCAAAUGGAGACAUGUCAUUGCUCUCUGACGACUAAAUUAGGUUGACCACUGCAAUGAGAUGUCUAAAGUAUAUAUAUUUGGAAGUAUUCUCAGGCUUAAACAGUUAUCAUUAGAUUUACUUCAUGUUUAAGAAUCCUGUUGAGGACUUUUCUUCUGCUCAUGAAAAGUGAAACAGGUGAGACAUGAUCUCUGCUCGGGCUUCUUUUCACUCGAUUGCUUUAUAGUGAUUGCUUCCUUUUGAGUUUUACCUUUUCAUUGUGAGUACCGACACUUGUCACAGUGACCAGGACACGGAGGCUGUCAGUAGUCCUUUGCUGCUGAGGGAAACAAAUUGCACUCUUUGUUUUUCUUUCCACCAAACUUGAAUAUCCUCCAGGCUACAUUUUCCACCUGACGUACUCUGCUAAUUACUUUGCACACAAUUCAGUGAAGCUUUCUUUGUAGAGCUAAGAUGAAUAAAAAGCCUCAGUGCAUCAUUGCAACCCUCUUGGAGUACCUUUUUCUAAAGCUAUUAAUCCUUUUUUUACUUAAAUAUAUGCUCACAUAUUUAUGUAAUUGAUUUAAGUAAUUAAUAUGUGAAUCGUUCUGUCCCCACUUCUUUUUAUGUCUCUUCUUGGUUUGGUUUCCCUCUGUGGAGAGCACUUUUCAUGUGUGGUGAAGAUGUUGUACAACCUGCAGUUCAAUCAGGCUCUCGCUGCUCUCUCAACGAAGUUCACUCCAGAGGAAAGACAAGCCUGGAGCACAUCUGGAGCACUCAAAAAGGUAAAGUCACAGCAAAAGAAAUCAAAAAUCUUUCCCUAUUUCUUCAUAUAUGUAGACCUGAGGAUGUAGUUUUAUGCCCUUUUUAUUUAAAUUGCAUGUGCUCAAACAUCAAGAUUUUGCUUAUUAUUGGGUUUAUAAUUGUCCUUGUCACAUAUGUUUUCCCCUAGUUCUAAUAUAAAACCUUAAAAUGAAUUCAUCUCAACAGAGGUGCCCCUCGUGUAUUAAACAGCCCAGUGCAACAAAACUUCUUAUAGGUGUCCUAUGAGAGAUAUUAGACAUUUGCUUGUAUCCAACCAGUGUUAGUAUCCUCUGAUUCUCCCUCAGAGCUGGUCUACAGCAACACUAAAUCAUCGAGUCUAUCACUUAUUAUUGAGAUAAAUUGAGCUCUUCCCAGUUUCAUUCACAUGAUUUCCACAGUCGACAUUAUCGAUCUUCAUUAUCUGGAAAAGUGCGAUUGCUUGAGAGUCUGUGGCAUUAAUUGGCUAUCUAUCUCCAGUUUAUUAAAUCUGUAUUAGUGAGUGGCUGACUGGAAUGUCAAAAGACAAACAGCGUGAACCUCCCCCUGAGGGUGUUACCAUCCAUAAUGCUACAGUGGAAGAAUAUCUUCGCACCGCUCUGUUAUGAACAGCGGAGCAAGCUUUUCAGAUGGAUUUUAAAUCCACACCGAGGAUGGCAGCAUCCAUAUUUGGAAGAACUGCAUUGUAAUUAAAUAGAAGUUGUUAGAAAGGAUGCUGUGUGAACAAAGAUCAGAGCCCAGAGGAAGGAAAUCCAUGGACUUGGAAAUCCUUCCCUAUAAAUCUAUGACAAAGGACAGCAGACGAGAUAAGACUGCUGUUUUAUAUUCCACUACCUUCAGCUUGAUAAAUGCAUGCAGCUUUUCCUCUUUAUAAUAUACCAGGCUAACCAGUUGAUUUUUUAUCGGAACACACAUUCAGUAAUGUCUUUACUCCUUAUCAGAUGGUAUAUGGUGGGAAAAGAGUGAUUGUCUUCCACUGCAUCUGCAUAAGUCAUUAUAUUCUGUGGUGCAGCAUGACUUAUGAGGAGGACAGGGAAAGGCUCAAGUGAAGCAUGGUGAUCGGCACUGUAAUUUCUGACACUCAGACAGUUGAAGACCAAAAUACAUGAAUCAGACUUUGAUUUGAAGAGGAAAGUGGAGCGACUCCGGCUGAAUUCUGUAAUUUAACACCCAUAGCAUAUUAAAAUUUUUGUGAUCAUUUUUAUUGACAGAUUCUAUAAAAGGUGUUAAAUCUAUUUGCCAGGAUCUGGUUUACAUUUGCAGUACAACUGCAGCCUUAGGAGUAUUGACCACUGAUGUACCAGUAAGCUUUGGCUUUUAUAUCUGCAUGUGAGUGCAACGAUAAAUCUGUUAAAAUAUGACAAACCUGCUUGACACUGAGUCGCCAAAGCCAAUCAGCGCUCCCUUACUUGAUAAAAACAACCGUCCACUCGACAAACCAGCAUCUAAACAUUUUGUCUCCUUCUCCUUUUGAAGGCAGACCUGACAAAGCUUGUGCAGACAUAUCUUAAGAGGAAAAACAAGCUGCUGGUUCUCCUGCAACUGAUGCAGUCAUCAAAAGAGGAAGACAGAGCUUGAUUACUCCUAACAGAUAGAAUAACAGAAUAACUUUUUUCCUAGAGUCCUAUAUCACCCUCAGUUUAUAGCUUCUUGGUUGCAAGAUUGGUGUAUCAGACCAGUAGAUGUCAUGACGUGUAAAAUCUGAGAUCUCAUAAUAAUUUUUUUCUAAUUAUCUUUUUAACUGAAAUUGUGUUCAUGGAGAGAAACUCCCUGGUUUAGUUUUCUUUUAAUAAGUAUACAGUUGCAUUUUUCCUCCAGAAAGUUUGUGGUAAAAUAGUCAAGGCUUUGGAACAAAAGCAUUCUCAAAAUUAAACUGUAAUACUGAAACAGUUCACCUCAUGUUGGCAUAAGCAUUAAAAUAACAAGCAUAUGUACAAGCUGAGUUUUCUUAAGGCAUUUGGUAUAUCUGUGACAGUUUUUACAUCUUAUCACCAUUUAUGGUCUCUCUCUCUCACUCUCUCUCUCUUUGUUUUCAGUAGACGUGGCCUUUAGUCUGGCUUUGGUACAAAGCUCUGAUUGAACUGUCAUACUAGGUGGUCAAAGUAUUUUAUAUAAAACACAGAACAGAUGAGAGCAAGUACUGAGAGUCAGAGUUUAUAUCAGUGCCUAAUUUGUGGAUGUUUUCUUCCCAACCAAUAAAAAAGGCUUUUGGAGCUCUGCAUUGAAAGUCAUAGGCAGGUAAUACAACAGCACAGACAUAUACAGUAUUUAAAGGAAGGUAGAAAUACUCAAGGCUGAAAGUUCUCUCCUUCAGCUGAAACAGGCGAUUUUUCUGCUGACCCUCAGAGCAGAUUCAAGGAUCUCUGUGAAGAUCGUAACCUUUUUUUCUUAAUACUGUAUGUUGUCAACAUUUUGACUUAGUGCAUUUUUGGUUUUCAUUCACAGAAUUCUGCUAAUGCAGAGAAAUCUUUUGAGGCGCUGCUCAGUCAUGUUAUCAGCGAACUCUCCAAGGACAGGAGUGUCUACAAGGUGAACACUGAAGAAACGUCAAUGGUGAGGCUCUAACGGGACUGUUAAGCACUCACAACAUAACUGCCUUUAAGAUGCCCCCCCCUCUCUAUCUCCCCUCCACCUUAUUCUUUUCUGCUCUCUUUCCAACUAUGGAUUGGCCAUUACCCUGGGAGACAGUGGUGUAAUAUUUUACUAAUCUCGAGGGGAGAUAUACAUCACUGUAUUAUCAGUGAUCUGUUGGAUGCUUAUUGAUCAAAUGCCUCUGUUGUUUCCUCUGCAGCUGAUCUCCAGUGUGUGGUCCCCACAGUCAAUCGAGUUCAGCCUCCAGCAGUUCUGUCUGCCCUUCCUCCGCCUUUCCUGCCUUCUGCAGCAUCACCUCUACGGAGACAACCUGACUGGCUGCCCGGUAUGUUUGAACAUAAAUGUCACUCUGCCUGCAACAUCCUCGUAUCUCUGAAGGAAGAGCAACAGCAUUGCGGCUGAUCGUAUUCGAAUAAUCCAACAUUUUUUUGCAGUGAAUGACAUUUUGACAUCAUGUUUCCACUUUUUUAAAAACCAAAAUAAAAUAAAAAGAUCCUCACCAGCUGUUUUUUAUUGUUUACUCUCAGGAGGAAGAGGAAUUCUCGACCUUGGCUGUGUGCUUGGGGCUCUUACCUUCGGCCCCUCAGCCUUCAAUCGUCGUGCAGAGUGCCUCAUGUCUGACAUGGGCGGUCAGCGCCUUUGACUUGGUGUCACAGUGGUGUGCUGAGGUUACAGGGCUCUCCCAGAUGCAAGCUGAGCAAUCACUGGUACGGAUGUGAAUGUCAGACAAGGAGAUAUACAGUAUAUGAUGGGUUACUUCAAAAACCUCACAAGAUCGAUCUACAGAUGCAGUUUUACUCCUCAAUUUCUGCUCAGAUAUCCAUUGUGAUACAGUUUUUAUGUUUAAACUCUCCAACAGUCCUCAUGCCUUUAUGAGACUUAAAAAAGAAGAAAAGGAAUUAUAAACAGUUAAGCUGUUUGUUUGUUUUUUUUAACUAUUUUUCACAUGAGAUAAAUAAGCUGCAAAUGUAUUUUUAGAUUACAUCUUUCUGUUAAAAUAUGUUAAAUUUGGGAAUGACUGAAUAAGGUCUGCCUCUUAACCAACUCAGAGCCGAUGAUUUCAGAGAACGUCAGCGAGCUGUUAAAUGACAGGUUACAUUCUUCUUUGUGCGUUCUAGUUAAAAAUAAAAAAGUUUACUUUCUCAACAAUUAAACAUUCAAAGCAUGUCUUUUGAGCUUGAUGUCCUGUAAACGAUUUAUGUAACUCCAGGGGAUAUUGACACUUUGAAAUUGGUUUCAACCUUGCUUGACAAGGUCCAGAGCUGAUAGUGUCUCUGAGGAGAGGGGCUGCAUAACUAGCCAUGUGUCUAAUGUCCUCGUCAUUCAGCGCUGCUGCAACCUUCGAUGUUGUACAUCAUUUGGUGAAAAAACUUGAAAUGUCUUGAAUGUGAAUUUAUGCUGUUGAUACUUUUCCCUGGGAAAUAACUUUGUUUUGGUUUUAUUGCGAAAGACGGGGGCGUUUUUCAAACCUUUGAAUAUUGAAAUUAAUUGAUUUGAGUCAGAGUAGGUUUUGUCUCUCAGUAAUUACUUUUUACAGUAAUAAUCUCUACAUUUAGUUUACAUGUGAUCAGUGUUUUAUGCUCGAGAGGUAGAGUUUUUGGAAGAGUUUGGGGACAAAAUGUGUACACACUUUCUGACCUGAAUAUUCUCUAUAAUUCUGCUUUCUUUUCCAUUAAAGGGCUUGCUUGUGCAGGACCCUCAGUGGGCAGCCCCCCGCCUUCUGCAGCUCCCAGACAACUACAACAUCAUCUUCCAGUACUAUCACAGGAAGGCCUGCACUGCCUGCAAAAAGGUGCCAAAAGACCCUGCGCUCUGCCUCGUUUGUGGCGCCUUCGUCUGUCUCAAAGGCGUGUGCUGCAAACAGCAGGGUAUCUGUGAAUGUGUUUUGGUGAGUCUCUUGGUUCUUCGAGGUGAAGCUGCAGCUGUUUGACAGUGUCAGGAUCAGAUAUUAGACAUGACUUUUUUUUUUCUCAUCACUUUUAGCACUCCCAGCAUUGUGGUGCAGCUACAGGCAUCUUUCUACUGAUAAAUGCCUCUGUCAUCAUCAUCAUCCGUGGACAUCGUUUCUGCCUGUGGGGUUCUGUUUACCUUGAUGCCCAUGGAGAGGAAGACCGUGAUUUACGGUACGACACACACACACACACACACACACACACACACACACACACACACACACACACACACACACACACACACACACACACACACACGACUGUAUGCAAAUGACACACACUAUCAUGUGUAUGUUAGACACUUGAACAAUCCUUUACUGUGUCCCAGUUCCACUUUGAUUUAUUCCUAAAAACUAAUGUACUCUCUACAUGUGUAACAACAACCAUAGAAUCCAGUAUGAGUGGGACAUCACAGCUCCUCAAAAGUGAAGCCAAAACAUUUAGAGCUCCCCCAAAUUACUAGCUAAAGUGAAGGUUAUAUAGCCGGCUUCCUCCAUGUAAGUAGAUGGGACAUAAGUCAAACUAGAAAACUAGAAUACAUGUGAUCUAAAGAGGAAAAAAAGGGAUUUUCUGUUAUUAAUGAUGCAUUUCCACUAAGCAGUCUGACUCAGUUCAGGAUGGUCGGCUGUUUUGGUGCCUUUCCCAACUUUUGAUAGUGGAAAUGCAAACAGUGCAAACUGUGCCAAACCAAACUGAACCCUGCUGUCAUUAGUUCCUACCAUGCUAUGGUCACGAUUUGCCGGGGGUGUUCAGUUUAUAGAGUAGUUAAAUCGAGUGAUUUAAAGCUCUAGAAAACAACUGAUCUGUUUAUAUUAUUAGAAACAGAUCUGUUCAAAGAGCCUCCUGCAGUAGCAAAGGGAAAUGUCCCUCUCCUUUUGCUCAUGGUUUGUUUUAAAUGCUAAUAGUUGUUGAACUGACUCCAUAACCAUGAGUCUCCGUAUCAAAACAACUGAAGAAGCUUUUGCACUGAAGACUUCAUCAACUGACCGGAGAGGUCUUUGGCACUUUCAAUUCAAAUAAAUGUGUGUAUAGGCUUGUGGAAGGUGCACAUUGGUGUCAAGUGCACAAAGGUACACCAGUGUUGACGUGAGGGGAUGUUUAGGCUUCGCUUUUGUGCAGGAAGAGAUUGAUUUGCUGUCAAUCUUUAUUCAGAGUUAAUGAUUUGAUUAUUUAGAUUAAGAAGCUAAUGAGCUUUAAAUUCAACUUUAGAGGAAGCUCAACUGACAUCUGUGUGAAAUCCAUUAUGGGACAAAAGUAAACCUCAGCUGAAUAUAAAAUUAGUCUGUCAUAAUUUAUAACAUUCACCAUUCGCACAGUCUUUUAAAUGCAAACACACAAAGUCUUCUCAGCCUCAUGUAUUAGGAUGAAAAUGCCAAAUCCAAACAACUUUUUGUAGAUCCUUGUCACUGCAGAGAAAAUAAACACAACUCUCACUCUUUUUUUCCCCUCUGGCUUCUCUCCAGCCGUGGCAAGCCUCUCUUCUUAUGUGAGGAGAGAUAUCGAGUGUUGGAGCAACAGUGGGUCUCACACACCUUUGAUCACAUCAAUAAGCGUUGGGGGCCUCACUAUAAUGGACUCUAAGAUCUUCCAAAGUCCACUGAAAACAGCAACCCAUGACUGAGAAGAAUUUGUUCUUUUUCUGCCUCGAUCAAAAUAUUGAGGAACUCUCUUAACGUGAUAAACACAAGCAUACGGUGAGGGUUUUGCUGCCACAGCCUUGGUUUAUGUGAAGUUUGGUGUACAAUCAUGCCUAAAGAUUAACACGUGUGUGUUUAAGUGAUUUGUCGUGUGGUUUUCAGCAGGGAAAAACAGAAUUGGGUAACAUCAAAAGUAAAAGCACAACUUUGCCCAGAAAUAAAAUUGGUGUGGAGCUGGCUUUUGAAGCCGUCAUAUUUAUUGGGGGUCAAAAAAAAAGGCGAGAUAUCAAGUGCUGAAUAUCCCUGCAGAGUUUUGAUUUUUGCACCAUUUCUGAUGAUGUUAAUGCAUAUCCCUUUUAUUUAUCAAAAUGUGCUCUGCUGUGCUGGCAUGAGUUUCAAGCUCCUGAUGAGUGUGGCGAUGUUAUUGCAAUGUGCACUCAUUGUCUGCUGACGUGAUGGUAGGCAGGACAAGUCCACCCAUCAAUACACUAGAGUUUUUUUGCAAACAAGCAAAGACUCUUUUUAUGGGUCUAGUUGCAAUCCAUCCUCAGGAAUUUUGUUUCUUUUUUUUUUGCUGUUUAAAGAUACGUUUUAGAUAUUUAAAUAAAUGCUGCUGCUCAUUGUUCAAGUAAGUAAUUUUAACUUUUGUGAAGAUUUUUUUUUUUUUUUUCUAAGGUUGUGCUUUGAGUUUACGGUAGAUGGCUGGGAUUGUUGACUCAAACUACUUUGAUGUUUAAGGAGGUAUGCGGUCAACUCAUUACUCACACUACAGCUCUCACAGUCCUGCUCUAUCUGCUUUUCUUUUUCCCGGUUGGCCCUGAAGACAAAACUCAAAUGCCAACCCAGAGCUUCAACUGCUCACUGAAAUAUCCAAGGUUCAUCACUCCAAGAAAAUCCUGAAGCCAAGCAUACAGAAUUGCGUAGUAUACUUUUUUAAGGAAAGGAAAUGUCAUUGCACAGAUAUGGUGUCCUGCUGCACUGGCAGAGCUGAACACUGUACGACUGCAGAAAUAUUUUAUUAACUCUGUAAAAUUUCUCCCCUGAAAAUAUGAAACUCAGUGAAAUGUAAGGUUUUUUUUUUCCAAAAAAGAAAUGCAGAAAAUGUUCAUCUUUCUGUGCUAUGCUGUGUCAGAAAAUAUCCCCUUUUAUUUUUUGUCCAUUCUUGACUGCAGUAUACAGUAAAACAUUCAUUGUGAUGACUAUCCCUCACUGACGCAUCAUCUAGUUGUGAUUUAUAGUUGCAUUCCAGCAUUACAAGAUUAUCAGACUUGAGUAUCCGUCACACACUGUGCAUGACAUCCUUUAAGCUACUAUUAUUUAAGUGUCUUAGCUACUUAAUUUUCUGAUUAUCAUCUUCUUUUUCUUGAAGAGAGGAAAUUUAUCCAGUCGUGCCUGCAAGAUUGAUCUUCUUUUGAGUGGUUAGUGGCAUACUGCUGAUAUCCCCGAAGUCUGGUUAUGAAAUGCUGGGCCACUGCUGUGCUGCGUUGAGGAACCGUUAAGUUAACACUUGAAAACACUUCCUCUUUGAAUUCAUGCAUGCUGCUUUUCUGUUUACUCAGUUCUUCCUCUCUCCUUUAUUUUGCAGUACCCACUUUGUAAAUGACCGCAACCAAAUAGCCAACAAGUAAUGGGUGUAAAAUUGUAACUGAAAGCUCUUGUGUGUUCUCCUGUAUGACUGAAGAGAGAAUACAGUACAUUACUGUAGGUGCUGACUCAAACUUUCUGAGUUUGACCAGAAAGUAUGACUUGGACAUUUAAUGCAAAAUGUAACAUAUGUGAAUAAAAUAUAAACACACUGAUUUGA